AUGCAGCUCGACGCCGACCGCUACCCCUUGCUCUACAGCUUGCGCGGCGCCCUGUCGCCGGCGCGCAAGAACGCCAAGGCCGCGCGCCAGGCGGCCGCCAAGCGGAGAGCGUGGACCGCCGAGUACAGUCAACUCGUCUUUUCGCUCAUCGACGCUCGUCGAGAGGCGGAAGCCCUGCGGGAGGCCGGCGCGCCGAAAGCCGCCGUCGACGCCGCGGCUGAAGCGCGCUGGGCAAUAGAAAAACGCGUGCACGAGCGGUUUCCGGGGCUGCUGAGCCGCGACAGCGGCGGCCACGGCACCUACGUCUCCCGCGACGACGAUCACGCGCGGGAACCGAGUUCUCCGACGUCGCCGCUCGACCGGACCGCGCCGCCCGACGACGCCGUCCAGAUGGCCAAGGACUUCGCGCGCGAGGCCGUGAUCGUGGGCGGCGUCGAGGUCCAAGGCUGCGUAGAAAUCAAAUGUCGCCUCUCGACUCACUGGUUGAUUUCCACACAGGUCCAGGGCGGCGACCUCGAAGCCAAAGUCCGCGACCACUGCUCUGGUCUCAGAGCAAUCGAUGACAAAAGCGACGUCUUCCCGCCGCAGCGGCCCGAGGCGGCCCAAGCGCUGGCGACGGCUGCUUUGAGAGCGGUCUGGCGCACGAGAGUAGGGUUGGACGCCUGGGCCCGCGCGCGGAAGCACCUCGAGCAGCGGCGCGCGGCCGACGCGGCGACCGAGGCCCAGGUCGCCGAGGUGUUGUCGUCGACGUCGUCCCGCGCGCCCUCGCUUUGUGGAGACGGCUCGACCGUCCAGGCUUCUGAUGAUGAUGAAUACAGCGACCUCGAGGACCACGCGCUCGUCUCGCGGCCGACGGAGCCCCCGACCACGAUCGACGCCUUCGUCGACGGCCGCGUCGUCUGCACGGCCUACUCGCAUCUAAGCGAGGUGCGCUGCGACGACACGGGCGAGCGGUCCUUCAUGCACGUUGCGGUCAGGACGACGUUCAAGUUUUCCGCGGCGGACGGCAUCGACCUAUCCACGGAGCGCGACGUCUUGUUUGUAGCUCUGGACGAGCAGAAGCGCGAGCGCGCUCUCGAGGAGGCGACCGUGACGCCGUCUCGUCACUCGUGGUUCGGAGGAGCGCCGCAGAAGAAGAGGACCUUUGCCGUGUCGGUGCCGGAGGGCGCCGGCCCCGGCUCGCGCCUGCGCGUCCGCGCGCCGACGACGGGCCAGGACAUGACUGUGACGGUCCCGGCCGGCGUCGCGUCCGGAGGCCUCUUCGACGUGCCGCUGCCCGAACCCCGCCUGCCUUCUCUGGGGGAGUAA